CCCAACGCGGGUGUACCAUCGUAUAGGUCGAGAGUCGGAAGGUCGGGCAAUGGAAUCCAGUUCUCUAAGUCGUUCUUGGUAGUUGUUCUAACAUUUCGAGGCUCGUGGGUCGCCUGCGGUCGAGUACCCACCCUUUCAUCGACCAGGCCUACGGGAACAGCGGCUGUGAUCCGACGAAGCGACCUCUCUUCACCCCACGACAAACCAACUCUUCAGCAUAACGAUCAUGAUGUUGUAUACGUAUCGCUCCUGUGGGUCUUCCUCAGUGUCGCCAUCGAAAUCGCCAUGCGCCGGCAGCGGAGCCGCAAUCCGUUUCGCCUCGCAGGUACCUGCGGGCUGUUGCGAAAGACUCGCCUCCGCCAAACCGCUAAUGAGGCGUAUAGUAGAUGAUGAUUGCUUUUUGUCUGCAAUCAUUCGAUCCGACACGCUGUACACAGAAUCUCAUUCGCCGAGAGCUGGUUUUGGCACGGACGGCAGAUGUCGGUUCAGUAUUUUGUUGGUUACCAGCCAGCUAUCUCUUGCUUUACCGUUCCAAGCAUGCUCGGCAUAUGCGAGUAGGCCCCCUACCUCCCACAUCGUAUCUUACCUCACGCGAGACUUAGAAACGAACAGUAAAUUGGGCGACUGCUGUGACGGAUUCUAA